UUAAAACAGGCAGUUCUUUUUUCUCAGUCAGCUACUUUGUUUACUUUAAAAAUGAGGUUUAUUUUAUUUUCGCUCCUAAUUUUUUCGAUUAUCUUCGUGACCUCGCAACAAGAACAACCAAAAUGCGGUGAAAAUGAAGAGUUCUUUACAUGUGAAUCAAAUUCAAGAAAUUCUUGCAAAUGCUUAAACGUCGUGAAACCAGACUGCAAUACUGGAUGCAUGUGUAAGAAUGGAUAUUGUAAAUUUGAUCGAAAUGGUCCUUGUGUACGUCGACAGUUUUUAACUCAAUUGUCAAAUCAGAAAGAACAGAGAAAAGAAGCAAAAAUGAAGUUUGUUGUUGGACUUUUUGUUUGUUUUGUAAUUGCUGUUGUCAACGCGACUCCUCAAGAAGAACACAAUUGUGGAGAGAACGAAGCAUACUUCGAAUGUGAAUCAAGCAGCAGAGAGUUUUGUGAAUGCAACGAUUUCCUGCUUUAUGACUGCAGACAAGGAUGUCAAUGUAAAAAUGGAUUUUGUCGUGUUAAUGGCAAAUGUGUGCCUAGAACUUGUAUACAUCCUCAUUUCCCAUGAGCUUAAAUUUGGAUAAUGUUUUUGUUG